UCAGACACUCUGCACUGUAAAUACCCCUGUAAAUACCCCAGUAAUUACCCCAGUAACCCCGGGUAGGACUCGGGAACGGGUUUAUUCUGAUGCAUGAUGGUACUGAGGUUAUUUUAGCGGAAACCGGAUAUCCGGUUGUGUGCAGGUGUUACUCUGUGUGUACGUGGCGCUGACAGCGAAGAUCUUUCAAAAAUGUCCUACAGAGAAAACUGGAAAGUACAGCACGAGAAACUGCACGUGAAGCACCGAGGCCAUGAGGCCAUGCACGCUGAGAUGGUCCUGAUCCUCAUCGCCACGCUGGUGGUCGCUCAGAUCGUUCUGGUGCAGUGGAAACAGAGACACUGCAGAUCGUACACCUUAGUGACACUCCUGCAGAUGUGGGUGGUGCCUCUGUAUUUUACCAUAAAGCUGUACUGGUGGCGGUUUUUGUCCACAUGGGGCAUGUUCUCCGUCAUCACCAGCUACGUCAUAUUCAGAGCCACACGCAAACCUCUGUCCGGGAGAACGCCCAGGAUGGUGUAUAAAUGGUUCCUGCUCAUUUACAAGCUGAGCUACGCUGUAGGUGUACUCGGUUACCUCGCCAUUAUGUUUACGCUGUUCGGAUUCAACGUUUUCUUUAGGAUCAGAGCGGAGGACUCGAUGGAUGUGGGCGUGGUCAUGCUGUUCUACGGACUGUACUAUGGAGUGAUGGGACGAGACUUCGCUGAAAUCUGCUCUGACUACAUGGCGUCCACUAUCGGGUAUUAUAACAUGGGUGGAAUGCCGUCUCGGAGUCUGUGCCGUGAUAUAUGUGCCGUGUGUGGACAGAAGACUUUAGUGGACGUGGACGAGGAGGGCGCCAUCGAGGACACCUACCAGCUCUCCUGCAAUCACAUAUUUCAUGAGUUCUGUAUUCGUGGCUGGUGCAUUGUGGGAAAGAAGCAGACGUGUCCAUACUGCAACGAGAAGGUCGACCUGAAAAGAAUGAUGAACAACCCCUGGGAGAGGACACACGUCCUGUACGGCCAGCUUUUGGAUUGGCUCAGAUACCUGGUUGCUUGGCAGCCGAUCAUCAUCGGUAUUGUGCACGGGAUAAAUUUUUCACUUGGUCUCGAGUAAAGUGUCAUUAAGCGUCUUUAAAAAGUGUGCAGUUGUUUACCGAAUUAUUUAUUUAUAAAUUAUGACUUAAUGUAGGAAAUGUCUUCUGUAGCAUUUUAUUUAUUUGAUAAACAACAUGGCAGCCUCGGACUUUAUCAAUUAUAAUAAUUCUCAAAAACAAGUUACAGCAACUGAAACACACACACACACACACACACACGCCUCAUAAGUGGCCUUUAUUACUCCUGUCGAAGCUUAUUAUUGUGUAUUGUACACUCUUACACCACAGUGCUGUCGUAUUCUGGACUCUGAUUGGUCAGAAGGUGUUGAUUAGUUCUCUAUAACAGCAGCUCUGACAGUAGAGCAGGUUUAUAUUAAUGCGCUCGCUCUCAUACCUUAUCGUUUCUAUAGUAACGGCUCAUUCACAGGGACGCGUACAGCGGACGCUUUGCUGAUGAUAAACGGAAUAAAAACGUGUAAUGGUCGAUGUGUAGUUUUCUGUAAGGAGACGUUUAUUUAACAUUAAUGUAAGGAGUCUCCAGUGUCGGCACUUUAAAAAAAGGGAGGCUGGUGAGGAAGCGAUUGUUUAUAGCUGCUGUAACGUAAAGAAGAACAGGAACUGACUUGUUUCAAAGACGUUCCACGACAUUAAACGUAACUAUAAACAGAUAAAAAGUCUCGUGUUGUUGAUUAAUUGUUGGCAAGUUGCUGUGGUAUAAGAGGAAUAAAACACUUCCAGACGUGCUGUUACAGCUCUGCAUCACUCCAUCGCUGAUUAAUUUCCUAAAACCGCACGGCUUUAAGUCUGUUCCUUAGUUACAGGUCGUUUAGUCGUAGCACAGAAUCAGGACUAGCUUUUCUUCUGGAUUUUGCUAAUGAAGUCUGAGAAACGCAAUAUUUUACUCAGCUGCUUAAUUACAGACAUAUCAAAGUUAAAGCGUCUGUCUUUACACACGUCUUUAUUUAGCAAGACAGUUUUGUUAGUUAAAAUAGUGUUUAUUUAAAUUGUGAUGUGUGUGUUAUUAUGACAUCAUUUACAAAUUGAGAUUAACGUGCCAUGGGAGUGUGAUCACACUUUACCUGUGUUUCAUACGAUCCAGGUGUUGAGUUGUUUGGCGUUAAGGUGAAGUCAGUAGCGGAGUGUCGAUUGCUGAUUAGAUGUCGCAGAUCUCCUCAGUGUGUCGUACUUUGUGUUACGUUUGUGGAUUUUUGUCACAUGACUGUCAUUAUUUCUCAGAAAUCCGUUCUGUAAGUUCGGAACAGCUCACUGUGACGGGAUGCUGCUAAAUCUGCUGGUUUGUUUGUUGGUUUGCAUGAAAUAAUUCUCGUGUGAUGUGAAAGUCGAUUAGCUGAAGCGAUAGUGUUGCAUCAGAAUCUUAUUUAUUUGUUAAAAUGAUUUAAAUUUGCACUUUAAGAACAUGAUGUAGGUUCAUAAUAAAUUGUGUUUCCAUGUUUAAGUUGCUGCCGUUGCACAUCACAGUAUUACACACGUGCACACUAAUGCCACUGUUUACUGCAGUUCAGGAAUGUUUGUGCUUUUCCUGCUUUUUGUGCUGCUUCAUUUGCGAAGUGAAAAUGAAUGAUGUUCACUCAAAAACCUGACUAAAGGUGUCAGUUGAUUUAGUUGUAUGAUUUUCAGGUUUAUAGAUUAUAUAUUAGAAAUCAGGCUGGUGUGAGGCGCGUGUACGUCGCAUUCAUUCAAACUGAUUUGUAUUUUAACUUUAAGUUUUUCUUGGCCCAAACUAAAGUAGCCCAAAAAUAAUUGGCCCAAAAUUAAAAAAUAAUUAAUUGAGCUGCCAGUUCCCACCCAUCAGUCCGCUCUCCUCUAACGUACGGCAGCUAGGAAAGCGCCGUCUGCCCUCUUCCACAUACAUGAGCUCACAGACAUCCACGAUUGGCUCGUGUCACUGUGAUUGACAGGGAGAGAGAGUAUGCCCCUCCCACCCAGAGACCACGCACACAGAUUUUGACAUGAAAAACAAAUGAAUGUAAUGUACACGGCAACAUGGUGCAGCAAUCACAGCGUGCCAGAUAAACAAUAAUAAAAAAACAAAAACAGUUAAACUGCACUGGUGUGAUUCAGUGAGAUUCAGAUCAGAGUGACGAGUGAGCUGAAUAAUCUCUUUUAUUUCAUUUAUUUAGUUUAUUAAUUUUAUUUGAUUUAUUUGGUUUAUUAAUUUUAUUUGGUUUGUUUGUUUUAUUUGAUUUAUUUUAUUUAUAUAUUUUAUUUGACGUCUUUGAUUUAUUUGAUUUAUUUGGUUUAUUUAUUUUAUUUUGUUUGUUUUAUUUGAUUUAUAUAUUUUAUUUGUUUUAUUUGAGUUAUUUGAUUUAUAUAUUUUAUUUGUUUUAUUUGAGUUAUUUGAUUUAUAUAUUUUAUUUGUUUUAUUUGAGUUAUUUGAUUUAUUUGGUUUAUUUACUUUAUUUGUUUAGUGUAAUUAAUAGAAUAUUUGAAUGGAAUUGCAUUUAACAUUCAGUUGUUAAUAAAAAUGCAUAAAUACUGA